UCUUCCUUGCUGUAAAAUGAUUUACAAUAAAAUGUUUCUCCGGACAUAAUGUCUGAGCACACAGUUUGAACACAGUUAGCAAAUUUUAGUUGGCCAGUGUUUGAUGCCAGACUGUUAUUUGGAGCCCUACAAGUGGGUAAUAGUCUUACUUACCCUUCAAACAAGUAAAAUAAUCUCCAGAAAAUAAUUUAAAACAAGGUGUACAGUCAGGUCAGUUUUUGCAGCACCUAUUACGAUUAAUCUGCCAUUUUAUUUCAAUAUGCACAAUGGAGGCUGGAACUGUUGGGGGGUAUAAACUUUGCAUUUAUUAACAGACCUUCUGUUUACUUUACAUUUGCGAUUGUAUUAUUGACACUGUUGAUGUAUGUGCUAAAUGAGUUCCAACAUAAAUGAAAAGGUUUUGUGUCAUAUACAUAAUCUUCCACCAUUUAAAGCUUUGAUUUAACUCUACAUCAAAAUACAACUAGACUCGAGAUUUGGACAAGUAAAACCAGAACCUCAGUUGUCCAUUAGAAUGUGGAAAUAAUCUUUUUUUUCUAUCCCUCUGCUCCUAGAAAUACUGAAAUACUAAAAGUUAUGGUGUCAUUUCUUGUGGGAAUUAACAGUGUUGUUUUUAUCAAAUGAAAGCUACUUUUCUGAACAUCAUUUUCCUUUUGCAGAUAAGACAGUUAAACUGUGGAAGAUUUCUGAACGUUGCUAUGCCCCUUGUAACUUUAAUCUUCGAGAUGACCAGGGAGUUCCAAGAAGCCCAGAAGAUGUAACAACAUUACGUGUGCCGAUAUUUAAACCUUCUGAUCUGGUUGUGGAAGCUAGUCCGAGGAGAGUGUUUGCCAAUGCUCAUACGUACCACAUUAACUCUAUAUCUCUAAAUAGUGAUGAUGAAACAUAUUUAUCUGCUGAUGAUCUGAGAAUAAACUUAUGGCAUCUUGGAAUCAAUGAUCAGAGUUAUAGUAUCCUUUUUCUGUUAUCAGAUUAAAUGACUGUAGAUAAGCUAAUAAUCAGCGUGCCCAAUAGCCAGGGACUAGUAGAUUUUGCAGUUGGGCAAGUGAAUUUUGUUCCUAACAUGCCCAUCUAGCAAGUGAAGUUUGCUGGGGGAAUUCAAAUGACAGAAAUAAUGUAAGAUGACUUGUUUCAUUUCGAAAUAAAUUCUUGUGGCUUGAAAGCUCUUUUUCAAGCUGAUCUGAUGAAGUGAAAUUAUUACAUUUAUUUAUAUUUUGUUUAGUAUUAUAUAUUUAUACAUACAAAAACUUAAUUCACUCUCUAAUGAACAUAAUUGAACAGCAUUUCCUAAUUCAAAUACAGGGCUGCAAAUAACGGCCGGUCAACGGACAAUGUCCGGCCUGAUCGUGGACUUGACCGGUCAAACUCCGGUCUUGCCGGUUAUUUUGACUGGUCAUUUUUGGAUAUAAACAUUUUAUUUUCAAUAGAGUUGUCGCUUAAUGCUCGAUAACGCUGCAAUGAUUUCUUUUUUCUUUGGCGUUUUUUGCUGCUUUGCACUAAACCCUUCUAAGAAAAAGAGCACCGCAAUAAAUUAAUUUCAUGUCGUCAUGUCAUAAUGAAAUGUAACAAAGUGAAUAACAAACUGAGUUAAAAAGUAACGCAACGUUGCAAGUCGUACUGUACUUUCGGCUUUGCUGUAAUCAGCAAUGUGACCUUCUUCACUUCUUUGGGAAUUCGAAGGAAUUCAGGCAAGUCGAUUGCAAUUCUCAACAGGUCGUCCUGUGUUUCUCCGGGAAUAAAUGUUAGCGCAAUUAUUAAUAAUAAUUUCUUUUAUGUCGAACAUGAAUCUCGUUUGCAGAAUCGAUUCCAGAAUGGUCUGAUAAAAAUUUAAGCUACUCAAGAGGGAAGGUCGUCGUCUAUCGCGGCGCUAGAUUCUCGUUCUUGUAAACAACUUUAUGCAAAUUUCUGUUGACAUUUGAGCCCUUCGCGAUAAAAUGUUGCGCGAUGACCAAAUUUAUUUAUUGACUUCUGAUCAUCAACACGCUGUUUGUGGAACAAACUUCUCGCCAAUGCAAAUCAACAUCUUUGCCGAAAAUAUCAGCGACGAUUCUUCUUUGAGGAAGUGACUUUCGAUCAUGUGCCAGGCAAGGAAAAAGAUCAAGUUUCACCGAUGUUCAUUUCGGAACAUCAACGUAAAACAAGCGUGUGCAGAUUUUGUAAAAUAACCCAAUUUUUUUGUUUUUUUUUUCGUAAUUUCUAAAGGUUGCUGAACUGUAUGUGUAUUCCAUUUCCUGAACCUUGGGAGUUUGAAAAGGAUUUACACUUCACUUUUUACCUCAAGAGACUUCAGACACCGCCAUGCAAUGAUACUCAAGGUAGAACGUAACACGAAAACGUGAAAACCGCGGAAAGGAACUCUACAACGUGCGAAUGCAUUUUUCACCAAUUUGCUGUCAAAAAUGUGAACGUCAAUGUAGUAAUAACGAUCUAUUGCCAGCAUAAUUGGAUAUUCCUUAGGCAAAAAAAAUUUAUUAGUAUUCAUUAUUUGACCGGCCAGAAUCGGGGUUUGUCCGGGCUAAAAAAUAUUUGGCCGGUCAUCAUGACCGGCAACCUGCUGUCCGUUAUUUGCAGCCCUGAAAUAGCAAAAUUUUAUGGCUUUUGUGCACCAUUUGAUGUGCUUAGGCUGCUACCAUUGUUUAAAAACUACUGUUUGAUGGUAUGAUUAUUUCUAUAGUCGGAAGCCAUGUCAAAUCACAGUCCUUAACUCAAAACUUAGAUAUUGUUGAUAUUAAGCCAGCAAACAUGGAGGAACUUACAGAAGUAAUUACUGCGGCAGAAUUUCAUCCAAUAGAAUGUAGCACAUUUGCAUACAGCAGUAGUAAAGGAACUGUCAGACUGUGUGAUAUGAGGCAGUCAGCUUUAUGUGAUAGUCAUUCUAAAAGUAAGAGCAUCAUCUGUGCUUUUUGUUUUAUUUCCUUUGCUAGUUCAUUGCAGUCUUCCUAUAUUAUGUCACCAAGCUAUUUGCAACAUAGCCACCAGUAUACAGGGUCUGAAAUUGUGCCUUCCUGGUCACCAAUGCGACUAAAAAUUCAGUUCUGGUGACCAGAAUUUCUUAGCUGGGCGCCGUGAGGCUGGUUGUAAAACUGACUUCCUUUGCACCCUGAUAAGACUUCACUAGUAUAUGAACGGUUGUUUUUUGGUAUUUGGAGUGGAAGUAGUGCAAUUUUCGAGCAUAAAAAAUGUCCGUACCAUACAUUUUUUAUUUGUGUUUAAACUUUUAUUUGAAGAAAAGAGAGGGGAAAUUUUUGGUGACCAAUGUUUGCUCUCUUGCGACCAAAAAUUUAUACUUGCUCGCCAGUUGGCGCCCAUAUUAAAAAGUUAAUUUUGGAUCCUGGUAUAACUGCCUGGGAUACUGUUCCCAUGAUAUCAGAACAGACGUUGCCAGCAACAGAGGCUACAUGUAUCAUAGUCUUAACCACCAACAUGUGAAGAUGACUCUAGCUGAACUUUGCUAGCUGACAUUUCAUGACGCCACCACUGGUUUCCCCACGAAAUGAUGUCUGAGAACUGAGUGCAGAAAUUCCAUACUGAUGACACUUCACUAUCCAGAUCUUGGUAGUGGUUCUGAUUGGUCCUGCUGAGUGGAAGAUUUGCUUCAACCAAUCAGAAGCACUACCCAGAUCUGGGUAGUGAAACGUCAUCAGUAUGUAAUUUCUGUACUCAUUUCUCAGAUGUCAUUUCAUGGCGAAACCAGUGGUGGUGUCGUAAAAUGUCGGCUGUUUUCUCAGACUAAAACUUUGUAGGUAUGGUAGCAGUUGAGACCUAUGUUUCUGUUGCUGGCGACACAUCCAAGGCUGUGCUCUAAGGAACCUGUACAAUCUAGGGAGCCCAGCAUAUGAUUUGUGUGAAAAAAACUAAGAUUUUCUAGUCGCCCAAGAGCAAUAUUGCAGGCAGAACCGGCAUAUAUGCGGCUGGUACAUUGGCUGCAUAUGAGAACCAGGGACUGGUUUCUCAAAAGUUCUGGUAAUGAAAUAUUCACAUCAAAAUCUAAAAAAUAAAAUUUGCAUUGGAAUAAACACCACAAAGUUUGAUAAAUGCAAAUUCAUUAAUUUUAAUAAAGACCUUUCUGCUUCUGUGGUGGUUGUCGAUGCUAAAUAUAAUAUUUGAAGAUGUGAAAUGAUGGCAGCAUUAUUCUUCCCAGUUAUUUUAACUUGAAAUCACCAAGUAAACAUAGCUUUGUACACUGUUUUUUUUAGACAAUCAAAAUGUCUUUGCUUUGUGUUAAGAGUUUUUGAACUAUUAAUUUUUUGCAUUGUUUUCGUGGUAGUGUUUGAAGAACCAGAGGAUCCUGGAGCGAGAUCAUUCUUCUCAGAAAUAAUUUCUUCAAUAUCUGAUGUUCGAUUUAGUCACAAUGGGCGGUACAUGUUGACUCGUGACUACUUAACAGUGAAGGUUUGGGAUUUAAACAUGGAGAACAAGCCAAUGGAGGUGUACAAUGUGCAUGAUUACCUUAGAAGCAAAUUAUGUUCACUAUAUGAAAAUGACUGCAUCUUUGACAAGUUUGAGUGUGUCUGGAAUGGAAAUGAUGGGUAUGUGAUGGCUUUCCUGUUGUUCACAUUCUUUUUUGUCAAUAUUUUUUUACUAAGUGAAUGUAGUUUGGUUGACUAGAAACCAGUUAAUAUGACCACAUGUGGGGCUUUCCUGAGUAGGAGGGUUGCAUCUUAUAACACAACAUGUACGAGGCUCUCUGGAUUAUAUGAUUGCCAUGUAAUUUAAUUCUGACCGACACUUCAUCAGUUGCAUCAUAUAUAUAAAAAAAUGCCCAUGUACUGUAUUAUUUUAAUUGAAUAAGCACCACGGCCAAUUCUCAGGCUAGUACAGUGUAAGUGCUAGCUACGGUCAAGCUGUAAAACUGACUUUCUCUGCACCCUGACUUCAUACAGUGUACCUGCUGACUGACCUGUCAGCCAUUAAUGCCAAGUUGUGAAAUUCCAGCUCUGAACUGGGUUGACUUAAAUAGAGUAUGUUAAGUAUCAGUAGUUAGCAACCCUUUGUUUGGUUGGGACAGAGUCAUCCGUAUGUCCAUAUGUCAGCCUCUUCACUUUAGCAGAUUUGAAAUGUCAUACUUUUUAGCGAGUCCAAGGCAGCCCAUCUGAUAGGGUGCGAUAAAAAAUCAGAAAUUGUGCAACAUUCUCAGGGUAGAUUGUGCGAUAAGAAAGGACUAUUAUGCUAUAAAUUAUGCGAUUUUUUGGGGCUAAUUAACAUUGUUUUUCCAGGUUUCAAAGGAGAAAAUCACGUUAAUUUUGUUUAACCGCGCAGGCAAUUUGAAUGUAGAAAAAUAAUAAAACCUCUAUUUUAAAACAAAAUAGUUAAAUUUGUCCAAUUAUGUUGACCUGGAAAAGACAACAAAUAGAAAGAAAGAAAAAGGACACUUGUUUAAUAUUAUAUGAUGCAUUUACACUGCUGACCACACUGCUUGUCUCUGAAAUCAAAAUGGCUGCCAAGGUACUGCAAUCGAAGGUUUCAGAUGUCUUGCAAGGCAUUCGCUUUAGUGGUAAAUCACAUAUAAUAACAUUAAGAUUGGGAAAUUGUUUGAUUAAAGUUAGAAUCUAUUGUUUACUUUCCUUGAAUUUAGCAUUAUUUUACAAAUUAUGCGAUUUCCUCAAAUUGUGCAAUCGAAUGCGAUUUGAGGUCAAUAUUGUGCCAAAUCGCACCAUCGCGUAAUAUCAGAUGGCCUGCCAAGGCAUUCAAUUUGUUUUUAACUGAAAUUGGACGUUCAUGUCAUGGUCAAUUGACAGCUGUCAAAAAAUUGUAUAUCCACUGACGAGUUCCACAUUACUGUUUAGCAGGCUCAGGUAUUCAACUUGUUUAGGUGGUGUGUUUUUUUUAAAGUCCUCCUCUGACUAGUUAUUGAUUUCCAAUUGAUUGCAGGCUCAGGUUCAUGUUUUCAGGGAGAAUUCAGUUUGCUUAUUACUGAAGGCGAAAGUUAAAUUACUUAAAAAAAAAGAAAAAAAAAUGUUAAAAGAUCCCACGAGGGUUUCGCUUUUUCAACUUGGCUAAAUCUAAAGUAAUCAGUUGUUGUUACUAAGUCUUGGGACUUGCAGGGUUAAUCUGUUUAGUUGUAGUUUUAUGAUGUCUUGUAACAAAGCACUGAAUGUCUGUGAAUUUUUUCUUUCAGAUCCAUAAUGACAGGUUCCUACAAUAAUUUCUUCCACAUCUUUGACCGAAGCGAUAAACAAGAUAUUUGCUUAGAAGCAUCGCCGGAGUUCAGCAAGCCUCGGCAGAUCCUUAAGCCUCGUCGUGUAGCUGUUACAGGGAAAAGAAAGAAAGAUGAUAUCGCAGUAGAAUGUUUGGACUUUAGUCAUAAGAUACUUCACACUGCUUGGCAUCCGCAAGAGAACAUUAUUGCUGUUGCUGCGACAAAUAAUUUGUACCUAUUCCAAGAGGCCCGAACAUAACUGACCCCCCCCCCCCCCCCCACUGUUUAUAGGAAGUUUUUCUUUUGUAGUAAUUGCAAAUACCAAAAAUUUUGAAUUUAGGCUUAAACUGAAUCAAGGGUAUUAUGUUUAAUGUAGUGCUUUGUGCAUCCCUUAGGUGAAUAUGUUAUGUACUUUAAGGCUGCCACAUUUUUGUGGAGUUUUUUUGAAAGAAAUCUGUAAAACAUCAAAUUGACUCAAAAAUUUUGUAAAAUUGUUGUAGAUUUAUAUGUUGUUCAGGACGGGGAAUUGCUGUGGAAUUUUUGACUGUCGAUUCCCUCUUCUAUUCUUUGAUGUUUCUUAUAAUGUGGCUCUUAGCAGUAUUCAGGGAUGUGAAAUUCUGGUUGGUUGGUGGAAAAUGUUGGCAUGUCAGCUGGCAGCACUAGUUUUAAUUACUAAAGAAACAUGAGUUCAUAUUUUCACACGUUCAUGUUUACUUUUGGGCUGGAAAAGUCUGUGGAAGAUGAACUGAAUUUGAAUUUCUCUUUAUCGUACUCUCUUGUUCACAAUUUUGCAAUGAUCAAAUUCUGGAAUCAGCAAUUUCUAUUUGCUACACUUGUGACCCAUAAAAAGAUGAUAAAUUAUGCCAUAAACUGACCUUGAUCCGAGCAUCGAGCAAGGAAAAAGUUGAGCAGAAGGUGAUCUAUGAUUCAAUUAAGUGAUCUUUUAAAUUGUUUUUCUUUUUUCUUUUUCUUUUGUUUUCUUUCUUUUUUUUUUUUUUUUAACAAUAAUUGAAGAUCAUACGCUCGUGGCAUAGGAAGAAGCAUUUCGGUACUUUUUAUUGCGCUCUUAAUUUCCUCUCUCAUGGACAGCACCCUUGGCCAAUAGGCACAUGGGAAUGUCUUUAGGUAUCGUGAAAAUAGAAAUGCUCGUUUCUUGUCUUACCAUUGGAUGAUCGUGACCCUCCCUAUUUUCGACUUCUCAAGUUAACUCGGCAUUGAGUUGGAAACAGUUUUGACAUUCAUACCGACUGAAUUGAAGUUUCUUAGAAAUGUUCUCUUUUCCCUCUCGCGAGUGUUAGAAAGGGGUUUUAAUAGGGUUAAAGCAGAGACGUUUUGGAGCGAACAAAUGCUCGCGCAAAUAGUCCUAUUAAGAGUAAGUACUCUUGGCAAUACAAAUAGUGUCUGUCAAUGGUAGUGUCAAGGCAUUUUGACAGGAUAAGACCUCAGUUUCGGUUAACCCGCAUUUCUAAAAACAAAACAACAGAAAAAACGCCAGAUGUGCAGUCGUCCCCGCGUAACGCGCGCGACCGGAGCAGGGGUUGAUGAGAAGGGAACAAAUAGGAAGACUCUCCCGCGCUUUCUUCCUUCCCAUCACACCCCGCGCACCACUAGGGAGAGAUAGAGACGACUGGGGACGAGUCGGGUUCUUGAACCCUUCAGUCUAAACGAGGGUUGAAAUAAGCUUGUGACAGUUAUCACUUAAGCAUUUCUUUUAUGAGAGUUGCAUGUUUUCAGCCAAAUAGUCUAUUUAGUUUUGGUUCAUAAUUCUUACGAAUCCUCAUCCAUUUAUUUUUUCUGAAGGAAGGGAGUUCUGUGAACUCCACUAUUCUCAUUUUAAGUGAACGAAAUAUUUAAACCAAACAAGAAUAUAUUGAUUUGUAACUGCUUAAAAUAAAAGACGUUUCUAUAAUUAUUUUGUCAGAGCAACAGUAACGAUUUGCGAAAUUG